AUGAUGGAAUUUGACGUUUACGAUGAGAUUCUAAUUGCUAUAUUCUUUGUUAUUAUCUCAACAGUUGUUUAUUAUUUGUUUCGAAAGCUUUUGGCAGCCAGAAAACGUAAAAAUAUCAAUGAUACUCAAACAAAAAGUAAGUCAGGAAAUUGCAGUUCCUCCGGAAAUAUAUUUAAUUUUUUAAUAUUCUUUUUUUGUCUAGGCGGACAUUAUUGGUCACCGAUUGAUUCAGCAGAUCAGGUUUAUUAUUGCUCAUGUUGUAAAGAACAUAUUGUAACGGGUUAUGAAUGUGAUAAUUGUUUAUUAAAAGUUGAUAACGUGAGUUGAUCUUUAAUAUAUUCAAAAAAUAAUCAUGGGAAAAAUGAGAGAGAAAACAAUAUAUAACACUUUCCAUAGAUAGUAGACAAAAUCAAAAGUGACACUUUUUUUGCAUGUUAUCAAAAAAGAGAUAGAAUGAUAGUUGAUUUCAACAUUGUGGGAGGUCUCUUCCGAAACAAAAAACAAAGAUUUUUAUGAUUUCUGUUGUUUGUAGACACCGGAACGUUGAGGUUUCUUUGAUUUGUGUUUUUUAUUUCAGUUGAAGAAAAAAUUUAAAAAAAAAUCAGUUUUUUUUAAAUUUUUACUCUGAUAUUAGAAAUCGAGAAAUAUUUUACGUCUCAAAAAUCGCGGAAAACUUGAAAAAAAUUUCAGAAUUUCAAAAAGUAUUUCACCUUUAGGUCUGUGAUGAAAAAAACACACAUAUUUUAGAAUCUUUGUUCUUCCUAGACACCUGAAAUGCGAGAGUUUUAUAGUUUUGGUUCGGGUUUAUUUUUAGUCAAAAGUCACCGGAACCAAAUACAAUUUUUCAAUUUUAAUUCUGCACUCAUCAGACAAAUAAUGUUUUUUUUAGUUCAGAAAAAAAGACAUUAGAAAAAUUGCUAAUUUCAAAUUAGGAAACAUUUGCUACUUGAAAUUUUCAGAAAAUUUAAAGCUUGUUUUAAGAGUUUCGAAAUAUGGUCUGAUUAUCAGUUCCUCAGAAAAAAAACCAACAUUUCUAUAUUUUUUCGUUGUGAUCUAGGAUCUGAAGUUUUCACAACUCCAAUUUGAAUGGUUUCAAAUUCCAGUAAUUAAAAUAAUUAGUAAAUUGUUUAAUGCUUCUUCUAAACAUCAGUUUUGACUAUGUAAAAAUUUUAGAAAGAAACAUGUUUUGAUAAUUUCAGCGAAUGUUUCUCUAAACAAAUGAAACCUUUCUAGUCAAAAACAAGUUUGUCCCGGUUACUUUGAACUUAGAAAUCAAAAAUACACGAGUCCCAGUUUUUUGUCUGAUAAGUGUUGAAAAAUACUGAACAUCUACGAACUUUGGAAUUCUAUAACUUUUUCAAAACACAAAAAUCUAGAAGAAACACAAUUUCACAACCAUCUGAAUCAUUCAUUCUCUUGGUGGUUUUGUUUCGAAAUUUGGAAGCACGCAUUUCCAGAAAUGUCAAAUUUAAUCUUUUGUUUCUAACUAAAUAAACAGCAAACUAUUUUUAUCACACCUCACGUGCUUUUAUUUUUUGAUUAUUAACCUCGUAAAAUAUUUUUUCGGAAAACACAUUCCGAAAUAAUAUUUUUUCUGAUAAAGUUUUUUGAUUCAACAAUUUUUGAAAUCACGUGUUUAUUGAAACUUUUGAAUGAAAACAAAGAAUUCUAAAGCGAAACAAUUUUCGAACAAUGAAAAAACAGAGGCAUUCAAAAAUUUUCAAAUUCAAUUUCACAUUACAUUAUUCUAAAAACCAAAACGUUCAGUUUUUUCAAGAUCUAAAAGAAAUAGAAAAAAAGAGCCCAUAAAAGCCAAAAACGUAAAUGACCUCAAAUGAUACGAUUCGAACCCAUUCCAAACAUCUGGUCAGACGUUUUCAGUAUUUUUUCUCUGCAAAAAGAGCUUAAGCUACAGUAGUAGUUCUCUAUGGUUUUUGGCCAUUAAAUCUGAAACCACUACGUUUUUUUCCUGCUGCUGAAAAUCUGAAAUGUCACACUAGUUUGGCUAAUCAGGAAGGAAACGAUGUAUGCAAAAAAAGAACAUGUUAGAAGAAAAUGCAUUUUGUUAGGAAUCGUUCAUGUUUCUCUUUCGUUCAAAAAUAUAUAUAAUAUUCUUUUUCCAAGUCCAAACUUUUUGAUUUUUUUUGGUUGUGAUUAAUUAUGUGAAUCUGAACUGAUAUCAAUCAAAAAGCAGAUGUUGUUUUGUUUUUCUUUUUCUCUCUUUAUCUACUUGAUAAGUGGAAAAAUUUCAGAUAAAUUGCCUUCGCUCAAUAUCAACAAAACUUGUAUGUAAAAUAAUCACAAAUAAUCGACAAGAAGAUUUUGAUCAUCACUGGGUUAGUUCAUUUUAUUUAUUUUUUUAUUUUUGAAAAUUAAAAGGAUUUGUUCAAGUAAGCCCGAGAAGCCGGGCCAGGUUGAACUUUAAAAAAUUAUUUUUUGGUUUCAAUUCAGAAUUAAAAAAAAAUACCUAGUCCAAAUUCUUUUUGUUUGCUUAUUCCUAUAAAAAAGUGAACACCCUGGUUCGGUCCUGGCCUGAUUCCUCUGGUUUGAUGAAAAAUUUUCCAAAACAUCUCUUUUUUUCUAGAUCCCUGGAAACAUCGGUCCAGACCUAUUUUGUGAAGUUUGUGAAGAGUUAUGUGGAGGAGGAGUUGGUCUACAAGAUUUUCGUUGUUCUUGGUAAGUUUUUUUUUUAAAUUUCUCCUUAUUCUCUCAAAACGUGCCGAAAAAGGUGUCAAAAAUCUCUGUGCCCCCAUAAUAAAAACCAAUAAAGAUAACCGAUUUGUCAUAAAAUCGGUAACCUUUUUCAUCAUUUUUUCAUUCGUUUUUUCCCUUUUCAACAUUGGUAAAUUCCUUGCAAGGUUAUCAAGUUUUUGUUAUUUUUUGAAUGCGAGAAAAAUAUUUUUUUCGAUGAUGUAUGUUAUACAAUUCUAGGUACAAUAUGAGAUGAAAAUGUGAUAUAUUUGUAGUUUUCAUUUCAAUUUCGAAGAAUUGUUUUCAUAAAAAAAUAAAUUAUUAGGCAAAUUCAGCUGUCCUGAGUUCGAAAAGCCUUUUUUGGUCAUCUAAACUUUCACGGUAUUUCAUGAAUCAAUAAAUAGUUCUCACAUUGCACUACCGUAGUUUUCGUGAAUUCUAACUUAUGAUCAAAAUUGUGAUCUUGAAUCCCCAGCAUUUUCCAACAAUCCUCAUUUCUCUGCAACUCCCUCUCUGAGUUUUUUCGAUUUUUCCGAACACAAAGAAUCAUCGAUUUCUUUAUCGUUCAAAACAUCAAUUUGCAGAUAUCUGGAUGUUUGUCCUUGACAAAAAUUACAGAUUUUCCUCAUUCUUAAAUUCUUCCUCUUCCUUCCCAUUUUCCGUUUUAUUUUAUCAAUCAAGCAACGCUUUCCCAGUUUUUUUCCGAAACUGCAAAAUAAAAAAAAUUGAAAAGAAAAACAAACACUUGAUGAUAUUUUCCGGGUUUGUAAAUUUUAUUAAUUUUUUCUCACUGUUAUCAUCAAACAAACACAAUCCUGUUUCAAUUUUAUUUGGUUUGUUUUUUUUUCUGUUCAAACUUUGUUUUAGUUCAGUUCAAUUUCCCCAUCUCUGCUAAUGAAACAUGACAUUUUCCAGAUAUCUGAUAAGUAGCUACAAUAUUUUAUGACGUAUGUAGAGAAAACUCGAAAUUAGCCAACUUGAGAAAUUCUUGUAAUUCUGGAGAUAUGUUGUGCUUCUUUUAAAAUAUCAAAAAACAUGAUUAGGUUUUGAAUUCGUCAUUAAUUUAAAAAGUGUUCGUUUUCCACAUGAAUGGCUUCGAUUUCACAAAAAAAAUUAAAUUUCUGGGAAAAAAAAACUGAUAUCUUUCAUGUGAUGUUUGUUUGUCAGAUUCCAAAGUUUUAUCGAAAAAUUUGUGCUUUCUAAUUAAUAAUACUACAACUUCUCAUUUCCACUCAUUUUUCACCUCAAAAAUAAAAUGAUAAAUUUUCUGUUGAAAAUGAAAAAAAGGUUCAAAUUUUGCCGUGUUUGUUUUGUUAUCAGAUAAGUGGUUUUGAAGGUGUGACCGGCACUUGACGAGUUUCGAUAAUUCGAUUUGAAGCUUCUUGGGGUUAGAAACAUGUGUAGUUUUUUUGUCUGAAAAAAAGGAACCUUAUUAAAUUUUGUUACUGUAACAACCUUUUGUUAUCAGAUGGCAAAAAAGUGUUUUUUUUCGAUAACGGACCAGCGAUAUAGAUCUUCUAAUUCGUUUUUUUUGUAUGUCAGUCAUUUCUAAAUUUUUUUCCCAAUUCGGUCUUCAAUUUUUCCUCAAUCCGGUUUUAUCGUUGGUUGGCUGGCUUUCCUUCGCCUGUACAGUGUUGUAUGUUUGACGACCGACCGACCGACCGAUUUUUUUCCAUUCCCUCUGAUUCUUUUUCCUCACAAAUAUAAUGCUUUUCUUUUUUCUUCUUCUUUUUUUUCUUGCCGAUUUUUUCUUCUUCAAAACGCAGUUCUCUGUAUGUAUCUGCCUGUAUGCGUGCGCGUGUAUUUGUAUGUAUUUGUGUGUGUUUGUGUUUUUUCUCACAAAUAUGUAUGUAGAAAUACUUUUUUGUACAAGUUCUGAAAAAAAUAAUUUCGAUUGUUUUCAAAACCAGAUUUUUUUUUCAUUUUUCAUUUCACAUUUUUCGUUCCAAUUUACUAGAACCAUUUUUCAUUGUAUUCUUUCCCGCGAAAAAUAAUUAUGGGAUUUGAAAAAAGGUAAAAUUUAUAUGUUUUUUUUUCAAUUUCUCAGCGAGAAAGUAUAAUUUUAAUCAAGCGGAAGAUUUUUCGAAAAAAAAAGAAAAAUGAAACUCAUAAAUUUCUCAUUUAAUUUCAGGUGUUGCCGCGUUGUUCAUACCAAGUGUAAAUCAAAAUUUGAAAAAUCUUGCGAUUUUGGACGAUUGAAACGAACAAUCAUUCCACCUUAUUGUGUUGUUACAAGAAAACCAGGAAAUCGAAAUCAAAGAAUGGUCAGUUUCUAUUUUUUUUUCAAAACGUUUUUUUGCAAGUUUUCAUAUCAGUUAUUGAUUCUAACAGCUAAAAAUCUUGGUAGAUCAAAUGAAUUUUUGUGAAUGAGAUGUAGUUUCCAGUAAAAAAAUAGAUGAAUCGAAAAACAGGCCUUCACCGGACUCUUAAAAGUUGAUGGCCGAGGCUCUUCUAGAAUUCACCCAAAAAUGUAUAGUUUGCUCCCACCAAGGACAAAGAAACAUACAUAAAUAACACAAAAAAACUUGGUCUAAGCAAAACGGUAAAUAUGAGCGAGAAAUUAUUUACCAUAGAUUGCUAAAAAAAACUAAUUUUCGAUUGCUUCUCUUUUAAGUUUUCCUCCCACCUUGAUACACUUCAAAAAAACACAAAAAUUCAUUUUUCAUUCAUAUUUUUGUUGGCGGAUUAUCCAAGAUUAUCCAAGCCUCAUUUUAUUCAUUCAUUCAAUUCUAUGAUAAUGAUGAUCUGACGAGACUAAAUAAUAAAUAAAUAAAUAUUCUUUGGUUAAUUUUAUUAAUUUGAUUUUCUAUCCUAUUAUGUGUGGGUAUUUGGUAAGUUCAACAAGAUCAAAAAUAAAUUUGAAAUAUACGAAAACUUUUAAAAUUCCUGAUUUUUUGUGUUCAAACAUCUAUAUAAUCCAGGAAGCCGAAGUUUUUCAUUCAAUCUUAUUUUUUUCUCAUUCAUCCCUGCACAUAAUCCUUUAUCACGUAAACAUUAAUAUUAUUUUCAAAUCAUUUUUUCUCGCGUGUGGUCUGUGAUCACAUUUUUUUGUUUUUAACUGAAAAGGUAGGUACAAAUGAUGUCAGGAUAAUCUAUUUGACAAAUAGUUUGUAUCGUAUUAAAAAAGGCCCACGUGACACAAACAACUUCGCGCUACGAGAAAAAAAAUGGUUUUGGUCUUUUAAACUUCUUAUUUUUUGCCUGUAAUUAUUAUGAGUUCCCGUAUAUCGAAACAGUUCCGCUUCGAAGUUAGUCUAAAUUUAGAAUAAACCAAAUUCCAUUUUUUUCAACAAUAAAAUUUCUAAUCUUUCAGUAUGGUUGAAUUAACAAAAUUCAUUGAGGCGUUAUUUUCUAACUUUUUUUCGGAAAAAAAACCUCUUUUUUUCCUGAUAAUCAAAAAUCAUUACUGUAAUCAUUUUUCUUCUUCUCAAGAUUUGAUUAAAUUUUCAGGCAGUGAUUGAUCAAAUCGAGAAACCCGAAGACGCCACGGAUUGGCGUCCGAUCAUGGUGAUCGUGAAUCCGAAAUCCGGCUCAGGCGCAGGAAAAGAUUUGCUUCGCAACUUCAGAGCACAUCUUCAUCCAGCUCAAGUUGUUGAUGUUCUCAAGUCAAACAUCGCCGCAAGUCUUCGAUGGAUUGAUGAACAUCCAGAUAUUGAUGUCAGAAUUUUGAUCGCUGGGGGUGAUGGAACAAUUUGUUCAGCUCUUGAUCAAAUUGAUAAUUUGAGCCGGCGAAUACCAGUGAGUUUUAGAUUGAUAAGAACCUCAAACUUCACUGAUUUAUUUUUCAGGUUGCUGUACUUCCACUUGGAACUGGUAACGAUCUUUCUCGCCUAUUACGAUGGGGCAAAAAAUGUGGAGGAGAUAUUGAUGUUGACAAGGUAAAAAAGCAAAUAAAUAAAAUCCUGUCCGUUAUUCGUUUCUUCUCGUGGUCAACAUUUUUGAAAGAAAAACCAAGAUCAAAGUUUAAUGACAUCAUUAUGCAAAUUUUCUCAUGGUCAGACAUAACGAGAAAUUAAAAAGGAAAGGAUAGGAUAAAAUAAAAAAAGAAUGGAAUUGUCUGAAUGGGAAUAAAAAAAACCAAAAAAUAAAUAUUUUUCAGUUGAUGGAGGAGAUUCAAGAUGCUGAAGUAACAAUGGUUGAUCGUUGGACAAUCGAUGCUGAAAGUCAGAAAAAGCUUGGAGUUCGUCUUCAAUCCAACAAAAAAUUCUCCAUGACAAAUUAUGUUUCAAUUGGUGUUGAUGCUUGUGUUACACUUGGCAUGCAAAAUACCAGAGAAUCAAUUCCACGGGCAAUGAGUUCACGUCUUCUUAACAAACUCUUGUUUUUCACAUUUGGCACAAAAGACGUAUUCGAACGGGUUUGUAAAGGUUUAAACAAACGGUUGGAUUUAUAUUUGGAUGAUGUAUUGAUUGAAUUACCGGAUAUUGAAGGAUUGAUAUUUUUGAAUAUCCCAUACUGGGGUGCUGGUGUAAAGGUAAAUUUCUAGACAUGUUUAAUGUUUGAUGUUUGAUGUUUUGUAGCCUUGGUCAAAUUACAACGAAACCCAUCGACAGGAUUGUGAUGAUGAGAUGAUUGAAGUGUUCGCCGUUACAUCAUCUUUCCAUAUCGCACAAAUGCAGGUAAGGAUAAUUAGACCUAGGAAACUAGAUAUAUAUUUAUUAGGUUGGAAAAAUUAGAAAACUAAUUGUGUAGUUUUGUAGUCAAGGAAAUAUGGGCUACAUAAAUUUUAGAAAAAAUUGACCUUUUUGAAAAAAAAACAGAUUCUGAAACUAUGAAUAUUUUUGUUGUCUUGAAAUUGAAAAACAAGAUUUCUUAUGGCAAUAAAUUUUUUGAUGCUAGAGAACACUCAAAAAACGAGCAGACAAUAAAGUUCUGAAAAAAACUUUUGAAGCACUUAAACUAGGAAAAACUUCCCAAUUUUAGUUUUGAACAAAUUUUCAGAUCUUUGUUUUUAAACCAUCUGAAAACGAUGUGUCAAUCGGAAAUUAGUCAGGAUUUGAUAUUAGUUGUUAACUGAUGAAGGUAAUUUAGUUGAAAUAAAAUGCACUCAACUUGAGAAAUGCUCUAAUACAGGAAAACAUUAACGAUAUUAAAUUCCAUAACUCGGAAAUAUAGAAUAAAGGUUUUUGGUGCCACACCUGAUAAAACAGCAGAACUUGAAUCAAAGUUAAAUGAGCACUACAGUACUUGUUGAGUGUUUCUGGCGCUCGAAAAAUCUUUCUCAGAAUUAUUGAAAAAAAAACCUCAUUUUGCUAAUAUCCGAAUUAGUCAUCAAUUUCCCUUUAAAAACUAGCAAGUUUUCUAUUCUAAACUCCAAAGAAUAAUCAAGCAUUUUAUUCUCCUCCAUAAACUUUGCGACAUUUUCCAAAAAUUCUUGAUUAAAUUAACCACAAAGCUUAAUUAAAUUAUUCAUCAUCCAUUGGAAAAUCAAUAAAUUCCCGUUUUUUAGGUCGGUCUUGCCAAACCAAUUUGCAUCGGACAAGCAAAAAAUGCUAAACUUGUUUUGAGAGGAAAUAACCCGUUCCCAAUGCAAUCGUAAGUUUGUUGUUUUUCAUUUUGUUUCACUUAUAUUGUUGUCUUUGAAAACAACAAGAAAUAAUUUCAGCGAUGGUGAAGCUUGGGUUCAAACAGCUGGUACAAUUUUAAUAACACAUAAAUGUAAAACUGCCAUGCUCCGAAAAUCGGAUAAUAAAACCAAUGGUGGAUGUGGAAUGUUUUUCUAA